AUGGGAGAUCCUCCACGCCGCAGCAAGCGUCUCCAACAUCACGAGGCAGCAGCAACAGCAACAACAGCAGCAACAGCAACAGCAGCCACAGCAGCAACAGCAGCAACAGCAGCAACUGCAGCAACAGCAACAGCAACAGCAGCAGCAGCAGAAACUGCAGCAGCAUGCCCCUCUAAAUCGAAGAAAAGGGCGCUGCAACGCGACUCGGAACCGCAGCAGCAGCAGCAGCAAACGAAGCAGCAGGAGCAGCAACAGCAGCAGCAUGAGCAGGAGCAGCAGCAACCUCAGGAUCCGCCUGAGCCUGAACAGGAGCAGCAGCAGCCGGAUGAGCAGCAGCAACAGCAGCAGCAGCUGAGUGCGUUGCUGAAGAAGACUUUUAAUUUGCAGGUUUGCUGCUGCCCUGCUGCUGAUGGUUUGGGGUUGUGGAGGCUGUGGGCGUUCUGCUGUCUGUACACCUCAAAAGGAGAAGACCCUAGAGAGGCUCUUAAACCCUUAGGCAUCACUCUAUGCGGCCCCUUCGAUUUGCUGGCUAACCCUGCUGCCUCCUUCUCGCCUUCUCACGCCCGAGGGUUUUAUACUCUGCCCGAGUGCAUCCCUUUCAUGCGCUGCAGCAGCAGCAGCAGCAGCAGCAGCAAUAGCAGCAGCAGCAGCAGCAGCAGCAACGGAAACAGCAGCAACGGCAGCGGCAGCAACGGCAGCAACAGCAACGGAAGCAACAGCAAUAGCAGCGGCAGCGGCAGCAGCAACAGCAGCAGCAACGACAACAGCAGCAGCGACAGCAGCAACAGCAGCAGCAGCAGCAGCAUAGAUUCUCUGUCUCCUUUGUAUAGUUUGUUUAGAGACAGAGAGCAGCAGCAACCUGAGGCGGUGGUUUAUAAUGACCCGCGGCUUUCAGCUGUACAUACACCCUACGCUGCACUUACCCUCCCCCGCAAACCGCCAAAACAAAAGAGCAGCAAAGCAGCAGCAGCAGCAGCAGAUCCAGCUGCUGCUGCUGCUGCUGCUGCUGCAGAAGCAGCAGCAGAUCCACCUUUGCCUCUGCUGUUUGCUGCGGUGAUUCGUCAUGCUGUUGAGGCCUCAGCAAACAAAACGAAGAAAAAUCAAAAUAAACAAACAGAAGAAUUGUGUGAAAAGCUGCUGAACUACCUCAAGCGCGAGAGCAGCAACAGCAGCAGCAGCAGCAGCAGCAACAGCAGCAGCAGCAAAACUUUAAAGGAGUUAUCUGAUGAAAUCGCUAAGGGAGCCUCCGCUUGGGCAGCAAACCGCAAGAAGACCUGUGUGGCUGCUGACCUCUCCGGGCUUGGGGUGUCGGUUGCAUACAACAAGAAGACGCAAGUUGGUUGGCGUUCUUUGGGUUAUACACCGCAAACCCUAAAAUUAUUAAUAAUAAAUUUAAAACAACAAAAAGCAAAGCCCAGCGACCUGGAGGAGCUCCUUAACCUUGCUUCUAUUGCUGUUGAUGAAGGAGACAGCGGAGCUGCGCUGCAGCUGGGCAGAAAUUUGUGGUGUACAGACACCGUAGGAGACACUCGCUUUUUUAUGGUGAACCCCGCAAAGAGACUGCUGAGCUGCGCAUACACCACAAUGGGGGAGUUAGGGUUUGCGGCCAUUGUGGAGGCGCAUUAUCAUCAGCGUGUCUACUCGGCAAGCCGAACCAGCCUGCAGGCGAGUAGCAGCGAAGGUAUAUCAGAGAUUGGGGUUUAG